GCUGCUUCUGCUGCUUCUGCGCCCGCUGCUGCUGCUGCUGCUAUCGCUGCUAUUGCUGUUGCUGAGGAGCUCGACGGAGCUGGGCCGGCCCGCGGCCAUGGCCCAUCAGACUGGCAUUCACGCCACACCUGAAUUGAAGGAUUUCUUUGCCAAGGCACGGAAUGGAUCUGUUAGGCUCAUCAAAGUCGUCAUUGAGGAUGAACAGCUCGUGCUGGGUGCCUUCAGGGAGCCAGCCCAGGGAUGGGAACAGGACUACGACGCUGCCGUCCUGCCUCUGCUGGAUGAGGGCCAGCCCUGCUACAUCCUGUACCGGCUGGACUCCCACAAUGCCCAGGGUUUCCAGUGGAUCUUCAUCGCCUUCCCCGACAGCUCUCCGGUUCGACUGAAGAUGCUUUAUGCAGCUACAAGAGCGACAGUGAAGAAGGAGUUUGGUGGGGGCCACAUCAAGGAUGAACUCUUUGGGACAGUGAAGGAUGACCUCUCCUUCAGCGGCUACCAGAAACACGUGUCAUCCUGUGCUGCCCCAGCCCCACUGACCAUGGCAGAGAGGGAGCUCCAGCAGAUCCGGAUCAAUGAGGUGAAGACAGAGAUCAGUGUGGAGAGUAAGCAUCAGACCCUGCAAGGCCUGGCCUUCCCCCUGCAGCCGGAGGCCCAGCAGGCCAUUCUGCUGCUAAAACAGAAGAAAAUCAACUAUAUCCAGCUGAAACUGGAUCUGGAGCGGGAAACCAUCGAGCUGGUACACACGAACCCCACAGAGGUGGUGGAUCUGCCCAAGAGAGUACCCCAGGACUCUGCCCGCUACCACUUCUUCCUCUACAAACACUCCCAUGAGGGCGACUACCUGGAGUCUGUGGUGUUCAUCUACUCCAUGCCUGGAUAUAAGUGCAGUAUUAAGGAACGGAUGUUGUACUCCAGCUGUAAGAGCCGACUACUGGACUCCGUGGAACAGGAUUUCCAGUUGGAAAUUACCAAAAAGAUGGAGAUUGAUGAUGGGGCAGAGCUGACGGCAGAGUUCCUGUAUGAUGAAGUCCACCCCAAACAGCACGCCUUUAAGCAGGCCUUCGCCAAGCCCAAGGGCCCGGUGGGCAAGAGGGGCCAGAAGCGGCUUAUCCGGGGCCCUGGAGAGAAUGGCGAUGAGAGCUAGGCGAGGGCCCGGCCCUCCUGUACCUUCAUCUGCUGCAGGCUGAGCUGGAGUGGGCUGAGAACUGUUGGGCAUCCUGGAUCACAGUGACGUGGGCUCAGCCCCACUCUUGCACCUGGAGAGGCCCCUCCCCUGCCCCCAGGAGUUACCAUGUGUUUGCGCUUUCUUUUUCUCUCUUUCUUCCUCUUUUUCUCUCUCUCUUCCCCCUCUCACUGUCAACCCUGAGGGAGAUGUGUGAAUUCCUGUCACCCAUAGCGUCAUUGUCCUGUCUUUGUCUGGCUCUUCUCACCGAGUUAACCCUGAGCUUAUUUCUGUCUUGGCCACCUUUAACAUCCACCACUCUCCAUCUCUGUGUCCUCAGUCCCUCUCCCCUGAUCACUAUGCCCAUUGAAUUGAGUUGAACACCUGCUUUUGUGUCCUGCAGGCCCAAUCGCCCCCAUUUGUGUUAUCCCACUUCCCGUGCUUGUACACGACAUUCUUGUCCCUCCCUGCACACACUGUCUCCAUCUUUAUCCAUCCCUAUGCCCUCCAUCCCUGUCCUCAGUCUCUCCUGCCAAGUUCGGGAGAAUGGGGCUAGGCUUUUUUUUUUUAAAUGGAGGGCCUUCUAAGUUUUAGGGAGGAAGAUGGGCAGAAGGAUGUUUGCUGAGUCUGGGAAGUGGAAGUGGGCUGCAUCAGGGUGAACAGAAGAGGACAUUAGCUGGGACCGGAGCCCAACUCAAUUCUGAGACACCCCCCCCCCCAUGGCAAGUGAACUCUGGGUGUGACGGGAGUUCAGCCCCCCGGAGGCUCACGGCUUAGCUGGGCAAGCAGGGUUGGGGGGGGUAACUGAGGGAGUGCAGGACUUACUGGGCUGAAUGCUGUAUUUUCUAAGGAAUAAAGUAUUUUUAAAUCAAA